GAAGCAUUUGGGGCUUCGCAGCUGGGGCGUUCAGGGUGCCAAAGCCUUGCCAUGGAUGCGGAUGACUCGGCCUUGCGGGUGUCGAUCGAUACCAAAGAGGGGCGCUUGAGCCUACACGCUCGGCCCGGAGACUCUUUGGCGCGGGUAUGGGAGGUCUUGGGAGAAGCCGCAGGAGAGCGGCGCAUUACGCUGGGCCCCCUGCUGCUGCAGGGCAGCGAGGACAUCCACGGUGUGGUAGAGGAGUUCACCAUGGCCACGGGCAGGGCCUCCUCUGAUGCCACUUUCUGCUGCUUGGACUUCGAGGACCUCGUGCCGCACCCGGAGCCUUGCUGGAUCCCAGACACUGCGCUGCGAGGAAUUAGCCUCCUCCAGCUGCACCGAGUUCUGCGCUUCGUUGGGCACAAGGCUGAUGUUUGGCACGAGGCUUUUCCCGCAAGCCCUGACUAUGGCCGCCGGCUGCCUGAGGAGCAGUUCAACCUGUACCAUGCCAGCUACUGGAUCAUCAGCCCUGCAACACAAGGCUGCGGGGAGUUUGGCUGCAGCUUUGUGGAGCGCAUCGCGCAGGACCCAGAGUCGCAGCGACCCAGCUGGUUCGUGUCGCACGCCUGGCUGGAGCCCAUUUGCCUCUUCGUGUCAAACCUUUCCUGCCACGCGCACGUGCGGCAACUGGAGCCGAGCACGCCAUUCUGGGUUUGCGCGUACGCCAACAACCAGCACCAUCUUGAAGCCGACCUAGGCGUCAACCCGCGGAGGAGCUCAUUCUACCGGGCCAUGCAGCGCUGCCAAGGCGUUGUGCUGCUUUUGGACGACCAGGCGACCCCGUUUCUGCGGAUUUGGUGCUGCUUUGAAGAGGCCAUCGCAGUGGAGAAGCGGGAUGGAAAUGACCGGAGCCACCGGUUACUACUGGAUGUGUGUGCGACCGAUGCUGACGGUGUUGCGCAUGUCAUCACAGAUGGCCUGGCUGGAGCGGAGAGGACAAUGGUGCCUCUGCUGGGCCUCCAUCACAAGACUUGCCGGGAGAUGACCUUUCCAGUGCACAUCUUGCAGCAAGGACUCCAAAUCAACAUCCUCUCUGCGACGGCCAGCCACGACAUUGACAGGACGCGGAUUUUGAACAGCAUCGCCUUUCCUGGUGCAACAUUGGAAGAGCUGACGGCCGAGCCACCUGAGGAGCACCACAAGUACCAGCACGUGAACAAUGCGCUGAGCGCGCAGUUUGCGCUUGCCAGCUGGUGCAAUUGUAUCUUGCAUGGCUGGGACGCCCUGCCGCUGGCAAAGGCACUCUUUGCGGACACGUCUAGGCGGCAAGUUCAGCUGUCUUUCACGGGGAACACCCGGUUCUGCGACCAGGACCUGGCGGUGCUGGUGGAGCACUUGCCGGAGAACCUGGAGGUGCUGAGGCUGGACUUGGGCUUCACAGGCCUGGAGACCCUCUCGGCUCUUGGCCUGCUGGGCUCUCGCAGAUGUCUGGUGCACUUGGAACUGCGCCUCCCUGGAAUCAAGCACCUGCGCAGCAUUGAAGGCCUGGGGGCAGCCUUGGAGGCGCUGCCGCAGCUCCGCCAGCUGGAGCUCUGGUUCUCCAAGCUGCCGCUGCUGGAGGCAGUGGAUGGGCUGGCCCAGGCUCUUGGCAGCAAUCUACCAGCACUGGAGGAGCUGGUGCUGAACUUGAAUCUCUGCCCCAAAGUGCCUCUGUCCGCCCGACAGGCCCUCUUCGAUGCAGUGAAGCGGUUGAGGAAGAUGCGCCGCGUGAUGGAGAGCUGGGUGUACAUCCAGGACGUCGACGAGGCCCCCCGGCCGCUGCGCUUCCUGCGGCGCUGGCUUCGGCGCCGGGAGGCGCAGCCGGAAGCGCAGCCGGCGCCGGAGCGGCCCCCGGAGCGGCCGGAGCGGCCGGAGCGGGCGGAGCGGGCGGAGCGGGCCCGGCCGGUGCUGCUGGGCAGGGCUCAUUCCGUCUACGUGGACCCCAAGUCUCCAGAUGCCGUUGCGUCCCCACACAGCUUGCAGUGGCGCCAGGAGACGGUGCCCUUCCCAUGCAGCCAGCCGGGGUGCCAUGAGUUCCACGACGAUGCUGGCGGCUAUUGCAGGCUGCAUCGUUGCUUUCGGAUCCCCUGGACCAUUGCGGGCUCCUUGUGGGUGCUAGUGCAGCAGCUGGGGCUGGGCUUCAUGGUCUUCACGCUGGCAAGCCUGGAGUUGGAGAGCAAGGCGCAGUCGACCCUGUUCCUCGCCUCGCUGAGCCCGAUCUUGUGCCAAUCCCUGGCGGUAAAUAUAGGGGGCACUGUCAUGCUUUGGAUGUGCCUGCUGGUGCCGUUCCUCGUGUGCGGCAUCUUUGGUACCUCUGCACGCUUCAACAGCAUGUACCGCAUUGCGACUAAGCACGAACUGACGUUGGAGGCGCUUUGCUCAGAGUUGCUGCAAGUGGUGUCCGUGCUGCAUCAUUCCGCCCACGUCUCCACUGUCUUCGGCUGCGAGGACACGGACUUGCAGGAAACGUUGAUACAGGAGGUAGUGACGGACCUCCGCAGCAGCUUUCUUCAAGCGCGCCACUCUGCCCACGCCUUCCAGCGUGAGGUGUGCUGGCCCAUCAACCAAGCACUCUACGGCUCUCCAGGCCAAGACUUGCGGAAGCGGGUGCAGCCGCAGCUGCGCACACUGCACAGUGCCAAAGAGGCCCUGGGAAGGUUGGCGGUGCCCGAGCCGAGGCGCCUUGUGGACGUGCUCUACUGUGAUGUGAUAUGUGCAGACUUCCAGGAAGUGCGUGCAGUCGUGCAAGCCUUGCAAGGCCAGGCUCAGGGCGAGGAGGCCAGCCUCCAGGUGGUGCACCGUCGCGACGGCUUCAGCCGCGACUUUCAGGAUGCGGAGGGCCGUUGCGGGCAGCUGGUUGUGAAGGUGAAUGGCUACCUCGCAACGGUCAGAGUGUACGAAGCCUCACUGCACGAGCUCCAGGAGCAAAUGGGCAAGUUCGACAGGCUGGUGCAAGGAGUUGGCCUCUUUAGCCAGGUGAGCGAAAUGGAUCGUGACACGCCUUUGCGGCCCAUUGUGGAGAAGAGUCCCCCCUGGUGGUUCUGCCUGCUGCGCGUUUGCACCUCGCUGGUGCGCCUGCUGGCGCUGGGUACCGCCGCCUACUUUGCACUCCAGUACUUCGUGCGCUACGGUCCGGAGGAGUUUCAGAACAUGCCUUCGUGGCUGGCCACGCUGCUGGCAUGGAGCGAUGACCAUGACCAGGAUGUGGUCGCGCUGCAAGGCGCGCUUGACCCCAGCCUCUCGCGCACUUCUCCAUCUGCCAAAUUGCCUGCUCUGAAGGACCAUACCUUCUUUGCCGCGUUGACAGAGGGCUUGGUCUACUCUUUCCCCUACGUGGUUCACGUGGUGAUCUUCCUGACGGACUUGGUGCGCGGCCCAAGCUACGCGAAGCUCACCACCGCACCUGUGAAGCGCCUGAAGCCCAUGCACUUGCUCUACAGGUAUUUUGGGGUGGAGGGCAGCCUCUACACAGUGAAGGUUGCGCUGCUACAGAUCUUCACUGUGCUGCUGCAGAGCUUGGGGAAGAUGAGCCUUUUGAGCUCCAUCGCCACGGCGGGGCUCUAUGCAGAAGCCCUUUCUCUCAGUGAACAGGGUGAAGGUGCUGUGGCAGACGUUCUGAUCACUGGCUUCUGGAGCUUCAUCCUUCUUUUAGGAGUGAACAGCAUUUACCCGGCCGUGCUGGUUCUCUUCGAUGAGAAGCACUGGUGUCGUCUUUGUGCAGCAGGCUUGGACGCUUCCAUCCAUCUCGGCUACAUCCUGGUCUACCUUUCCAUGAGCCUGGUCUCCCUGAGGAAGCUCUCAUUCAAAGACACGCUGGUGGGCAACUUCGGCAGCUCCCAGCAGGUCCGCUUCACCAACGAGCUGAAUCCGAUCUUCCCCUUCCCCACCAGCUUUGUGAACUACCUCUCCAUCUACAUCUCGCUGGUGCACGUGUGCUGCGUUUGCCGCGCGCUGGAGGAGGCCGCCGCCAAGUUUGCCGUGUGCCCUGAGCAGCCGGAGUUUGGCCCCAAAUCCCGGCGCUCGCUUUCCAGCAUGAGCCUGGUCACCCGAGCAGGAGUGAGACGUCCGCGGCUACUAGCUCUGGGCUAUGCUGUGUCGCUUCUGUCAGUGGUGGGGGUGACGCUGGCGAUGCAGCAGUUCUACCCCAACCAGUCCAUGGAUUUGCGCUGCUACCCGUGCACCUGCAAGACUACCAGGGGCGGGCUGCAUCGCCUGGAGAACUGCAACCUCGCCGCUUCGCUGCGUUUCAAGUACCUGAACUUGGCGUCGCUACAUAUCCGAGAGGUGGCGCCAGAUGUCUUCCAUCCCCUGGGCGGGGACCUGAUGAUCCUUUCUCUGGCGCAGAACCAGCUGCAUGAGCUGGCGCCCGCGCUCUUCUCAGGGCUCUCCCAUCUUCAGCUGCUGGACCUGUCACGGAACCACCUGUCGGAUUUGGGCGCGCCCAACUUCCACGGCUUGGAGAGGCUGAAUACCCUGUCGCUCUCGCAGAAUGACUUGCGGCAGUUGCACGUGGACGUGUUCCAGCCGAUGCCGGGCUUGCAACAGAUCCUGCUGGGCGGCACAAAGUUGAAGAACCAGGAAGAGGAGAUCAUGAUCGUGGGCAAUCCUUUGAUGGACUUGCCGCCUGGCAUCUUCCGCAACUUGCACUUGCUGAACCGCUUGGACGUCAGCGAGAAUCGUCUCUCGAAGUUGCGUGACGGCGUCUUCGCCUCUCUGCCAAGCCUUGCGGUCGUGGACCUCAGCGAGAACCUACUGGAGGAGCUGGGCACGCAGGCCUUCAAAGACCUGCCGGGCUUGCGCCAGCUGUUGUUGAAGCACAACUUUCUGAAGGACCUCGGCGCCUGGGACUUGCCCGGCCUGGAGGAGUUGGACUACUCCAAGAACAAGCUCUCUGGGGCCUUUGGGCCGCUGUCAGGCGUGCCCAACCUCUUGAAGCUCAACAUCUCAGAGAAUGAGCUGACGGAUGUCCAAGGUGCUUUCACACACGUGCCUCAACUACAGACCUUGGAUAUCUCUGGCAACAACCUGAUGAAUCUCACGCCGAGCAGCUUCAACCUCAGCGACUUGCAGGCGCUUUGGGCGGCGAAUCUGCCUCUGCCCCAGCUGCUCCCCCUGCGGCUGCCGUCGUUGCAGCGUUUGGAGCUCCAAGGCGGCAACCUCCAGAACAUCAGCCCAGGGCUGUUCGACGCUAUGGCCGACCUGCUGGUGUUGAACCUCGACGACAACGAGCUCUCCAGCUUGGACCUUGGCAAUUUGCCGCCGAAGCUGCAGAACUUGAGCCUGAGCAGGAACUUGUUGGACUCCCUGGAGUUCAACGGAUGCCAAGAAGACCUAGUGGAACUGGACCUUUCGCACAACCGCCUCUCCAACUGGACGGCCUUGUGUGCGCCGCUGUUGCAGGGGCUGGACCUCUCCGGCAACGCGCUGGGCCUGGCCGGGCCCUUUGGAAGCCUCGGAGCCCUGCGCGUGCUGCACCUGGACUCAGCGCAGCUGGAGCUGGCGCCGAGCAGCUUCCAAAACCUCAGCGGCCUCGAGGAGCUGACGCUUUCCGGGAACCAUCUUGCCAGCCUUCCCGAGGAAGUCUUCAAACCGCUUGAGGGGCUGAACACCUUGGACAUCUCGCAGAACAAGUUAGAGCUUCUGCCGCCAACUAUCUUUGAUGCGCUGGACGGCUUGACGACAUUGAACUUGUCUUCGAACCAGCUGCAGAAUUUGACGCCAGGCACAUUCCAGAAUCUCAGCAGCUUGCGAGUGCUGGACAUUUCCCAGAACAUGUUGCCUGCCCUUCAGCCUGGCGUGUGGAGUGGCCUGGAGCGUUUGGAGUCUCUUUCGGCCAGAGGGCUGGGCCUUCGCAGCAUCUUUGAGGUGGCAGAGCUGGGCAUGCUAGGAGGGCUCGACCUCUCUGAGAAUGCGCUGACACAGGUGCCGUCUGGCAGCCUCAUGCGUCUCGAGCAUUUGCGUUGGCUCAACCUGUCUGGGAACCCCAUCUGCGAGCUGGAGCCUGGAAGCUUCCAGGGUCCGGAGCUGCAGGUCUUGGACUUGUCUGGCCUGUGCUUGAAAAACUUCAGCGUGAACGUCUCUCAGGCGCUGACUCAGCUGGUGCUGGCCCGCAACGGGCUGCAGAGCUUCGGGCCGCUGGAGGCCCAGAACCUCAGCAGCCUGGAUCUCUCCUCCAACGCCUUGGAGGCGCAGGGGGUUUGGGUGGAGCAGCUCGGGGCGCUGGUGCGGCUCUCGCUGCGGGGCAACGCCUUGGCCAAGGUGCCGCGCCUGCCGUGGAACCUCCAAGAUCUGGACCUGGCUGAGAACCAGCUGAGCGGCCUGGACUUGCCCGGACAAAGCUCAGAGGAUCUGCUGCUAUUGAGGACCCUGGACGCCUCUUGGAACCAGCUCCAGCGUAUGGACUUGCAGCUGCCAUUCUUGACGGGACUCCACCUGGAUGGAAACCUCCUGGAAUCGCUGGCUGGGCUUUGCAGCUCUCCCCUGCAGGUGCUGAGCCUGAGGCAGAACAAGUUGGCAUCCUUGCCGCCGGAGGUCUUCUCCUGCUUGUUCGACCUGAGAGUGCUGAACCUGGGAAGCAACCAGCUCAGUGACAUCAAGCCCCUGCAGAGCUUGCGGGGCCUUCACUCGCUAAAUCUACAACGGAACCACCUCACAGCGCCCUCGCUGGGGAGGCACUGGGGUCUGCAGACCUUGGACCUCAGUCACAAUCCCCUGGGCAGUUUGGAGCUGCCCAAAGACCUGCUGCACCUCUCCCUGCGCAACGUGAGCCUCAGCUUCCAGCCCCUCCUUUUCCGCGCCUUGACGCGGCUGCGGUCCCUGGACCUAUCAUGGAACCCGCUGCGGUCAGUAACCCUGGGACUCUUCCAGGGCCUCCAGGGCUUGGUGCGGCUCCGGCUUCAAUCCUGCCAGCUGCACACAGCAAGCUUCCAGCUGGGCCGUAUGGAGGAGAUCGACCUUUCGAACAAUCUGUUGGAGGCAUUGCCGGUCCUUAAAGGCCUCAGCUUGCGGAAGUUGCUCCUGUCGGGCAACCGCUUGGAGGUGCUGCCGCAGGGGGCCUUCUCGGACCUGCAGAGUUUGGAGGUGCUGAGCCUGCGGCAGAAUCGCAUCAAGGAGAUUCAGGCAGGGGCCUUUGAUGGCCUUUGGAGAAUGGAGCUGCUCGACCUCUCUCACAAUCAGCUCAGAGCUGCAGCUCCCGAGUUGUUCACAGACCUUCAGAACUUGAAAAUCCUGAACCUCUUGCAGAACGAUGUCAUUGUGCGGGACUUCGGCUGUUUGGCCUGCCGCUGUGCAUCCAGAGGCUGCUUUUGCAUCAGGCGGUCAGCAGUGCCUGUGCAAGUGCUGACUGACCUAGAUGAGGAUGAGCUGCCGGAUGCAUUUGAUUAGAUCUAGCUGACUGCCCCUGCGGUUCAUGGGCAGGUGGCACCUGGGCCGUGCUGGUUCCAGGGACGACUGCUUGCCAGCUUGGAG